CAAAGAGACACGCCAUUGGUCAGAACUGCUCCGUCAGAGCUUCCUAUUGGCCGGUGGAGUCGCCCCGCCAGUGGAGCAGAUGCAGCGGCAUUAUGAAAGCUCACUAACGGCCUGAUGGAGGCUGCAGUCAGCAGGGCUUAGAUAGAGCAGUGUUAGCGGGUUGUUAGCGGGACUAGCGGAUAGUGCCAGGAUGUGUUGAGAGAAGCAGCUGGUUGUUGUUGGUUCGCAGUCAAACUGAGCUAACGAAGCUAACGGAGCUAACGGAGCUAACGAAGCUAACGGAGCUAACGAAGCUAACGAAGCUAACGGAGCUAACGGAGCUAACGAAGCUAACGAAGCUAACGAAGCUAACGAAGCUAACGAAGCUAACGGAGCUAACGAAGCUAACGGAGCUAACGAAGCUAACGGAGCUAACGAAGCUAACGAAGCUAACGAAGCUAACGGAGCUAACGGAGCUAACGAAGCUAACGGAGCUAACGAAGCUAACGAAGCUAACGAAGCUAACGAAGCUAACGGAGCUAACGGAGCUAACGGAGGAUCUGAUCUGAUGCGAGCAGGAAGCUAACGUGGCUAGCAGCUGUUAGCGGUGUUUAGUGUCCGUUAAUAGUUCCAGUCUGUCGGCCACAGUCCUGAUGAGCUGCCCGCAGAACCUCCAGAACCUCCAGAACCUCCCGUCCGGACUGAUGGAAGCCGUCUUUACUCCAGAGAACCUGACAGGAAGGAGCUCCAUGAACUCUCUCUCUCCACUUAGUUUCCCCAAAUCCAGAUCAGCUCUGUGGGACGGCAGCCCUGCUGGAGACCAGCUCCACCUCCAGCUCUGUGCUCACAGGAUGCCUCAUCUGGUGCUGGUGGAGAAAGCUCUGCGUCUGGCUCAGCGUCACGCCCGUCACAGCAACAAGCCCCGCCUCCUGUGUUUCCUCCUGGGGUCAGUGAGCGUCGACGCAGAUGAAGAGGGGGUCACCGUGACUCUGGACCGCUUCGAUCCGGGUCGGGACCAGGCCGGAGCCUCGGGCCGGGUCCCCUCUGCUCCGCUGCUGCCUGGAGACGUCCCGGUUCCCUGUUGGUUCUCCUCCUCGCAGACCGAGACCACGUCCGAGGCUGUCGUCCAAUCAGAGGCUGAGCUGCACCGCUGCUUCAAGGUGUUGCAGCAGUGUGUGAGCAGCAGACAGUCUCUGGAUGUGUCUCAGCUGAUGAAGGUCAGAGGACGAGUCGUCUGCUCUCAGCGGUCCGACGCCGCGUCGUUCGUCCUCAGCUGGUCGGCCGUUUGUCCGUCCGUCGGCGUGGACGUCCAGCCGGUCAGAGCCGUCCCCAUCAUACCCACCGCUCUGCUGAGGAGUCUGACCAGCGUCAACCGGCCGCCGCCGCACGCCGCCAACCAUCAGAGAGGCUUCCUCACCAUGGACCAGACCAGGAAGCUGCUGCUGCUGCUGGAGACGGAUCCUAAAGCCUCCAACCUGCCGCUGGUCGGACUCUGGCUGAGUGGAGUCACACAAGUCUACAACCCUCAUGUGUGGGUCUGGUGUCUGAGGUUCCUCUACAGCUCCGCCCUCCGAGACAGAGUUCUGUCAGAGAGCAGCUGUUUCCUCCUGGUCCUGUUCGGCUCCACCCACAGAGCUCCUCAGUUCUUCCAGUGUCGAGGACCGGGACCGAGACCGGGACCAGAACCACAGCUGGACUACCAGCUGCUGACCAGCUCCCAGUGUGUCACCCUGUACCAGCAGGUGGUCUCGGUGGAGGGCCGGUCUCUGCGGUGUGAGCUGGGUUCAGAGGACCACAGCAGACAGACGAAGGUGUUCAGAGAGGCUCAGACCUCCUUCAGCAGAGCCGCCCCCCCAGCUGCCGGGCUGUCUGUCAGCGAUCAGGAUUCUGGAGUCGAGGACGAGGAUCUGUCUCCACGGCCGUCCCCGAGCCCCCACCCCCCCGCUCAGCAGGCUCGGAGGGUUCGGCCGUCGGUUCCUGAACUGUCUCUGCUGAUUGACAGCAGCUUCUCCUCCAAUCAGAACGCCCGGCAGGAUCCUGGCUCCGCCCACAGACCUCCUCCUCCUCCCCCUGCUGCUGCUGACAGGAAGUCUGCUCCUCCUGCUGCUGACGGGAAGUCUGCUCCGCCUCCUCCUGCUCCCCCUGCUCCUCCUCCUCCUGCUCCUCCUCACCUCCACAGCACCCCCAACUCUAACCUGCAGCAGCCCUGCUCCUGCUGCUCUUCCCACACCUACAACUGCACCUCCAUCUUCUCCUCCCCAGGAUUCCACCCUGCUGCUCCUCCAUCCUCCCAUCACAUCACUCCUCCUCCUCUCUCCAGUCUCCACCCUGCUCCUCCAUCUCCAUCCUCCCAUCACCUCACUCCUCCUUCCUCCAGUCUCCACCCUGCUCCUCCUCCUCCAUCCUCCCAUCACCUCACUCCUCCUUCCUCCAGUCUCCACCCUGCUCCUCCUCCUCCUCCUCCAUCCUCCCAUCACCUCACUCCUCCUCCUUCCUCCAGCAACCAUCCAACUAGUCCUUCAGCUCCUCCCUCCUCCAUCCGUCCUCUGUCCUCCCAUCCCCACACUCCUCCUCCUCCCGCCCCAUGGCGUGGUGACUCCCCCUCUCCUCCCCCCUGGUUCUCCCGUCCCUCCUGUGUGAGUCGCUGCUGUGAUCAGGUGGGAGGAGUCGUCCCGUCUGACACCUACCAGCUCCUCCUCCAUCAGGAGCGCCAGCUCCGCCUCCUUCAGGAGCAGGUCCAGAUGUUGCUGGAGGCUCAGGGGACACUUCAGUCCUCCGGUCGGCAGGUCGACACUCAGACACCCAGGAGCACCGCCAGCAUCGCUGUGGGGACAGGAGCCAGUCUGUUCUGGGGGGAUCCCGUCCCGUCCCCCCUCCCCCAUCAGGAGGUACAGGCUCCUCCUCCCUCCUCCUCCUCCUCCUCCUCACACGACGACCUGUCCGUCAUCGGGCCUGUGGGCGGAGCUGAGGACAGUGACAUCACAGGUCAGGAGGCUGGUCAGCACAGGGUUGGCGGUCUGCAGAGUCCAGUUCUGGGAGAGAGCGUCAGCAUGUACGGACCUGCAGACGAGCAGCACAGCUUCUACCACAACCUGAUGAGUCAGCUGACCAGUCGUCUCCAGGAGGAGGAGGAGUCCAGGAGGAGCAGCCUGUCUGUGCUCUCCUCCUCCUCCCACUCCUCCCAGUCCAGGAGGAGGAGGAGGAGCUGUGGAGGAGACCCGGUGGUCGGCGCCACAGUGAGGCGGCUGCAGCAGCUCGGCGUUGACGUGGAUCAAGAAGAUCUGACGGAGUCUGAGAGGAGGAUCCAUCAGACGGUGGAGAGCAGCAGCACGCUGGCGAGCAUCAACCCGGCGGCGGUUCUGUCCAGACUGAGUGUGUCGGACCCGACGGCGAGCUCUCUGUUCCACGGCGGCAGCGUGGAUCUGAGUCUGGAGGCCAAUGCCAUCGCCCUGCGCUACCUGAGCGACGCCACGCUCAGCAGACUGUCUCUGGGAGGCCCCGCCCCUCGCCCAGGCUCCGCCUCCUCCUCCAACGACUCUCUGCUGUCGCCUAGCAACAUGUCUCUGGCCACCAGGAAGUACAUGAGGAGGUACGGCCUGAUCGAGGAAGAGGAAGAGGAGGAGGAGGUCCGGGAGGCGGCGGCUCGCCAGCCGCUGACUGAAGCUCUGAAUGUGAAGCUCCUCCCACAGAGUCAGCUGAUCCGAGACCUGCGGCCCAAAAUGCAACUGUUAGCCGGCGGCGCUGAGCCGAACGCCUCCGACAAGGAGAACCGUUCUGGCAGGCGGCCAUCUUUAGCGAGGGCGAGCGGCCCUCAGACAGAAGGAUCGGUAGGAAACAUCCUGGACCUGAGCCGCCUCAGACAGCUGUCCAAACUCUUCUGAUGCUGGAGCGUCUUCACACCUGAGACACUCUGCUGGUCAGACUCACCGGGACACCGGGACCGACACCACAGAACCAACACCAGAGAACCAGCACCAGAGAACCAGCACCGGAGAACCAACACCGGAGAACCAACACCGGAGAACCAGCACCAGAGAACCAGCACCAGAGAACCAACACCAGAGAACCAACACCAGAGAACCAGCUGCUGACUUUAAAACCUCCUUUUUUGAAUGGAGUCUGGUGAGGAAACACUCUGCUGGUCUGCUCUGUGUCCUGGUUCUCAUGGUCAGACUGGUUCUUUAGUCAGCCGGACAGACAGGUGUGAGGGACAGUCUGGUGUGAGGGACAGUCUGGUGUGAGGGACAGUCUGGUGUGAGGGACAGACAGGUGUGAGGGACAGUCUGCUGUGAGGGACAGACAGGUGUGAGGGACAGACAGGUGUGAGGGACAGU